CUGCGGUAGCUUUUCACCCGCUGUCCUCCCCAUCUGCUUUUUAGAGAGAGAGAGUGUGGGUCUGUGUGUGUGUGUCUCUCUCUCUCUACCUUGACUGGUUCUAUUGGGUUGCCGAUGGGAGGAGGGCCGCUUGGGGCAAUCAUCGGGAGGUAUCCCUCCGGGGCGAGCGGCGGAAGUGGUGGUGCUGACGGCGAGAGGACGAUGGGGGGAGGGAUCAUAUGGCACAACCGGAAAUGUAGGGAUGUGGUCUUCUUGGUUCUCUUCAUCACCUUUUGGGUGGCCAUGAUCGUUAACUCCAGCUUUGGCUUCAACCAGGGAAACCCCCUGAGGCUUACGUAUGGAUUAGAUUACAAAGGAAAUGUAUGCGGGGACAAACAUGCUAACCCAGAUCUUCGGGAAUUAGAGAUUAGAUACUGGAUGAACCCUAACCAAGUUUAUGAAAGCGGACUUAAGGGCAGUCAGUUUACACUCGUUGAUACUAGGAGCAUCUGCUUAAUGGAAUGCCCUAUUCCCUCUGAAGAUGGUCUUAAUUGGGUCUGUGAUUAUCCAGAUGGUGACAUCCACAUCUCGGUUGAUGAUUGGAUUGAUAGAGACUAUGAUUACUAUGAGUUUCUGACACCAGCAAUGAGAAAUAGCUCUCUUCAGCUUCAAGGGCCUUGCUACCCUGUUAUUUUUCCAAGCGUAAAUGUUUAUUGGAGCUGCCAAUUCAUAGCACUUGCAUCCAAUGCAUCUAUGCGACACUGGCAGCAGAUGGGUGGAGUCAACAUCAAUGAAAAUAUAUUAAUCGAUAAAACAAUCCACAGGGCAAUAAAUUCUCAGUCAUCUGUCUUGAAGAGAUAUGUGGCAGAUAUUGGGAAGGCUUGGCCAGUCUUGAUAGUUUGUGGAGGGAUGGUACCACUGUUUUUAUCUUUGAUUUGGCUAUUAAUGAUUCGUCAUUUUGUUUCUGGAAUGACGUGGAUAACUGUGAUUCUCUUCAAUGUUCUCAUAAUAUCAGUUACAAUGUUUUAUUAUGCCAAAGCUGGUUGGAUUGGCAAUGAUGUUGUAUCAGUUGUCAUUGGUGACAGCGAGCCUUACUUCAGUUUUAGUGGAAGGGAAAUAAGUCAUCUCCGCGCUAUGGCUGUUCUUAUGACAAUUGUAAUGAUUAUUUCCAUCCUUUCUUCAAUAGCCAUUGUUCGUCGCAUCCUCAUGGCAACUUCUGUUCUGAAGGUAGCUGCAAAGGUUAUUGGUGAGGUUCAGGCCCUCAUUGUUUUUCCAGUUUUCCCAUAUGCGAUUCUUGCAAUCUUCUAUAUGUUCUGGUUUUCUGCUGCAAUGCAUCUUUUCAGUUCUGGCCAUAUCACCAAGAAUGAUUGCAAUGCUAAUUGCUGCUCAUUUGAUCUCAAAUCCAAUCAAGUUUCUUGUGCUGGCUGUUGUGGCUAUAGAAUCCAUUAUACUUCACAUAUUGCAGCUGCUAUCUUAUUUCACCUAUUUGGAUUUUUUUGGGCUACUCAAUUUAUUAUUGCAUGCUCGGCGACAGUCAUUGCGGGAUCUGUUGCUUCGUAUUAUUGGGCUCAUGGUGAAGUAUCGCAAGAGGUUCCAUUUCUUCCAGUUUUUGCUUCCAUGAAACGUCUCAUGCGGUACAACCUUGGAUCAGUUGCUCUCGGUUCUUUGGUGGUGUCUAUUGUCGAGUCGAUACGAUUUAUACUCGAGUCCCUUCGCCGCAGAUUGAAGCUCGUGAAUACUGUUCCUGUUAGCAGGAUAGAGAAAAUGACAUUGUUUUCAUCAAAUUGUUUUCUUGGAUGUAUAGAUUGGAUCUUGAGGUCUGUUAACAGGAGUGCAUACAUCAUGAUUGCUAUUACUGGGAAAGGAUUCUGUAAAGCCUCUUCAAUUGCAACAGGUCUAAUAAUGAAUAAUAUUUUGCGGAUAGGGAAAGUGAAUGUCAUUGGUGAUAUUAUUCUAUUUCUUGGAAAGUUAUGUGUUAGCCUCUUCUGUGCCCUGUUUGCGUUCCUUAUGUUGGACACUUACAAAUAUAAAUCUGCCCAUAAUAGGAUCUCUUCUCCUUUGUUCCCUGUUCUGGUAUGCUGGGGACUGGGCUACAUCGUCGCAACACUUUUCUUUUCAGUCGUCGAGAUGUCUAUCGACACCGUCAUCCUCUCCUUCUGCCAGGAUGCCGACGAGCACCAAGGUAGUGCUCAAUAUGCCCCUCCCUUGCUCAUGGAGACUCUUGACGGCCAAGCCGAGAUGCAGAGACUAACCCAGGGAACUUGAACUACUUCUCGUCUUCAACUUACAUAUUUUGAGCAUUUUUUCUUGGCAGAAUCAAAGUUUCCCGAAAAUUUCUCAUCAUUGUUGUUGUUGGCUUCUUUCCUUGGGCUUGUGAGGGUGCUCAUGCUUUUUUUGCAGCAUUGCUCAGAUUCAAGGCAUCUCAUAGCAUGUCUUUUUUGGCGCUUCUUUUUUUUUUUGGUUAAAUUGUCAAUGUUUAUCAACUGUAAGAAUUGCACGUAUUAGUAAUGGUAAUGCAGAUUAUUAAAGUUAGUAAUUCCAAGUUAAUGUAAUUUGUUAUUUAUAAUCGGUUUGUGUAAUUCAGCAUUUGAAUGUAUGGAUGUUGCUGAUGCAGAGUAU